CCUCCCACAAGAUCCUGGCGGGCUUGCGAACUGGAAACAGUCGUUAGAAAAACGCUGGAAGGAAGGGAGUGCCAUGCUCUCACAGCAGCGAGAGAUUUUAUAGGCUCGUGCAAUAUAAUCCAUCGCUGUAGCGCGUAGGAGACAAAGGAACCCUACUCUUAAAUGUGGCGAAGGGGCUCAAAGCCGAAAUAAGAAGCUUUAGCUGACUCGUGCUCAGACCAACGUCACCGCGUCUCCGCCGUGGGAUUUUUACGCGCAAAUCUUUACUGAAUAAAACCAAUUGAAGACGUCGCUCUUUACCAAACACUAUUUUUGUGACAUUUUGCAGUUGCAUCCAGCAAACGCUAAAUGUUUGCUUUGAUGAGAAUUUGCAUAUUCUUAUCUAUUUCUUGCCAAAUAUAGACGCCACUAAACUGGAGUGCCCUUGGUGAGGCGAAACAUUCCUGCUUUGGAUAUUUUUACGCAGCAAGAAAGGGCUCUAAGGAAAGUAUAUUUUUUAUUUCAUGCAUGGUGAAUUCCACGAUUUUAGUUGUCUAUUCCUAAAUAUUACGUAUUAUGGCAUUUUUAACCUGCGUUAUCUGCGGCAUAUGGAUCUAAACAUCGCCUUGUAGCACUUCGACUGCCGUGAACAGAAGCCAUUUUUAACUCUGAUUUCAAGCUUGUGUGAGUCAUUGACACUGCCUGUCCAACCUGCUGCCAACUUGCGCGGCAUAACCUCUUCACAUAAUUUUCAUCAUAUUAGUUCUUGAACCCUCUAAGGAUGGCUUUUUGUGCGUCGGGCGGAUGUGCGGUUCCUCGCCGCUUGCUCAACACGGCCGUGUUCACUGUGCUGCUUUUGGCGGUGGGCUGGGCAGCAGCCGAAGAGCAGGCCGAAGCAUCCGCCAAGAGCCCACCGGUUACACUCCGCACCGUGAUCACCGGGACAUGCCAUGAAAUCCAGCACUACGUGGAGUCGUUGGUGGGCACCAGCGUCGUGCGUUCUGUCAUUGAGAGUGCAGUGUUGUUUCUUGAGUCAGUGUUUGGGCAGGAGAACAUCUAUACUCUGGCCAUGUUUCUGGAGACUGUGAUCCGAUUUCUGGCUGAAGGAGCUGCCAGUGGCUUGAACGUCAUCGUUGUUUAUGUCACAGAAAUCCUCAGGGUCACUGGAUUUGAUGCUACCCUGCCCCCGGUCACUCCAGAGGCCGUCACUGCGGUGGCUCAGUGGGGUCUUCUCACCCUCAUUGGAUACUGGAUCCUGGCCAUCGUUCUCCGCCUGCUCAUCGGAGUAGUGAGGCAGGUGUUCUGGAUCAUAAAAACCGUCUUGGCACUCUGGUUUUUUGGACUGAUCGUAUUGGACAAGACGGCCACAGCAGACACCACAGCAGUGCGGCUAACAGGGCUAGUGCUCGUGUGCGUCCUCCUGACCCUGCUCACCUCUGGCUCGGAAAAGACCAGUGCAGUGGAGCAGCGCAUCAGCAGCCUGGAGGGGAGGCUGAAGGCUGUGGAGAAGAGCAAAGGGGACUAAAGGCAAAUGCAAUGGCAUUGAUUUUUAUGUUGUCAAAGUACCCAGGAAUAAAAUGAUCUUUUUAAACCUU